UAACUAGUGAACCCCCCCCAUGCCCAUGGAUUUGCGAUGACGUAGAGACAACAAACAGUUGUUGGACUUGAGUAAGCUAACGUUAGCUAGCACAAGGACGAGGAGAUAAAACAGCAUAUAUACAUUCAAGCGCUUCUCGGGGAACGUCAAUAAGCGGCACGUCUUUGUUUUACAAUAACAAUCAAAAAGGAGAGUAUUGCUCUACAGUUAAAUAAUUUGGGGCACGAUCGAAACAUGCUCCGGACUAUGACGCUUGUUYUUUCCUUGCCUAUUCGGGGAUUGUGAUGCGAGGUGCUCCGGUGAGACCGCGAGCGACAUUAGGAAAUCAUUUAAAAAAAAAUUGAAUGAUAAACUCGAAAACGAAGUAUUUGGGUUUACCGAAAGGUGCGUAAAACUAAACUGGUCUAGAUGUCAUUGUUGGGUAACUACUUUAUCUAGGUAGCUAGUUUGCUUAAUGCACAAUACAUAGUAUUUUGCUAACGUAAUGGAGGCACCGUGAGCGAUUGUACAGUUUUAGCUAGUUAGCCAGGUAACGUUAAAUGGUCACCCAAAAUAUAGUUAUAACGUUAGCUAGCUUCCACAUCCACUUUUAGAGUGUGCUGACAAACAAAAUACAGAAUACUGUAACUAAAAACGGCUAUCUAUGCACUUCAUUGAUAUCUAUCGUGGUUACCUAGCAUUAAAUUAGCUAGCCAAAGAAGUAUAAACUAGAUUGAGACUAGCUACUGUCGCAGGAUAAUACGUUAUUUCUCGGUUAGGAUUUGUCUGUCACAGUCGUUUGACACGGUGUGUUGCCUUCAGAUCUUGAUAAUUUGACAACUAUUUACAGUUGCUGGACCUGUGAUAUGGUCAAUUUAUCAAAGGUUUUCUGACUUACAAUUUCAGGCUAUAAAUAUUCUGAAUUGCAGGCACGCAUCACGUAUCAAACCAGUCAAGAAAUUAUAUCUUGAAAUAGUUGUGCAUGUGAGAACAAAUAGCUGUUUUGUCAAUCAAUUACUUUUAUCACUCAGAAUGCACUUUAUAUUGUCGUUGUUGACAUGUCAAAACAAAGUUGUAAACAUUCUUGAUGAAAGUACUUAUUACAAAUUGUUAGCUAUUUUAGGAUCAAAGACCAACAUUCAAAGGCUAGACUGAAAUCAACCUUUUGUCAAGUGCAGAGUUCUCGAAUCCCGUCAAAUUGCUAGAUCAAUUGCCGAACACUAUCUUCCUGGAAAUGAAAAUAUGAAUAUCGAGGAGCAAGCUCUAGAUUUGUGCAAUGUCAAAAUGAAGAGUAAUGUCGAUGACAAUACUACCAAUAACUCGGAAGAGAUCAUACCCCGGAUUUCGGAACUGAUGGAUGGAGACUUGUGCAAACAAGGCAUUGGCACCGAGGUCGCCGACACAUCCUCUCUAGCCAGGCUCACAGACAACCCGCGGGGGGAGGACAACCACCGGUCAAAAGAGACACUAGAAAUCGACGAAGUGAACGGGAAUAAGAACAACAGCGUCCCAGAUACCCCUGCAAUAGUCAGUUCUGACUUUGCCGUUUCUAAUGACGACCAAGACCAAGAGGAGAGUAUCAAGGAUCCAACACCAUCGGCCCUCAUGUUUGCUAUUGAGGAAGGGGAUGAUGGUGGGGAUAUGGACAUUAGUGUGGAUUUGAGCCUGGAUGAAAGUGGCAUGUUGGAGUCAGAACCUACGGACCAAGGCCCAUCCCUAGCAGAGGAGACAUUCUCAAGCGGUACCAAUCCAGAUUCAUCUACCCCAGAUGUUGUCACGGACAAGGAACCUGAUAAACCCUCAGAACAGGAGGACUCGCCACCUGUCAUUGCCACAGGAGAGGCCCUCUCUCCAGCCCUGGAUGAGGGGGAUGAUAAACACAAAAAUGGCAAGAGGGUGACUUUUCCUUCAGAUGAGGAUAUUGUCUCUGGAGCAGUGGAGCCCAAGGACCCUUGGAGACAUGCCCAGAAUGUGACGGUGGAUGAGAUUCUCUCUGCCUACAGACAGGCCUGCGUGAAACUCAACUGUAAACUCAUCCCCAAAGUGCUCAAACAGAUGCAGGAGCUGAAAGACCUAACUCAUCGAAACGAAUGCCUGGACCUUAAAGGUGAGAAGCUGGACUAUAAGGCGUGUGAGUCCCUGGAGGAGGUGUUCAAGAGGGUCCAGUUUAAAGUGGUGGACCUGGAGCAGACCAGCCUGGAUGAAGAUGGUGCGUCAGCUCUCUUUGACAUGAUUGAGUACUAUGAGUCGGCCACACACCUCAACAUUUCCUUCAACAAGCACAUCGGCACCCGCGGCUGGCAGGCCGCAGCCCACAUGAUGAGGAAGACGAGCUCUCUGCAGUACCUUGACGCCCGCAACACGCCCCUGCUGGACCACUCUGCCCCGUUUGUGGCACGGGCUCUCCGCAUCAGCGGCAGUCUUGCUGUGCUGCACCUGGAGAACGCUGGGCUCUCUGGACGACCACUCAUGCUGCUGGCCACGGCUCUGAAGAUGAACAUGAACCUACGGGAGCUGUACUUGGCUGAUAACAAGCUGAACGGCCUGCAGGACUCGGCACAGCUGGGCAACCUGCUCAAGUUCAACUGCAACAUCCAGAUACUGGACCUCCGCAACAACCACAUACUGGACUCUGGUCUGGCCUAUGUCUGUGAAGGCCUGAAGGAACAGAGGAAAGGCCUGGUCACUCUGGUGCUCUGGAACAACCAGCUAACGCACAACGGCAUGGGCUACCUCGCAGCUGCACUGCCCUGUACCCAGAGUUUGGAGACCCUAAAUCUGGGCCAUAACUCUGUGGGGAACGAGGGGGUCCACAAGCUGAAGGACGGGCUGAUCUCCAACCGCUCGGUGCUCAGGCUUGGCCUGGCGUCCACCAAGCUGUCCUGCGAGGGUGCCGUGGCAGUGGCAGAGUUCAUCGCAGAGAGCCCCCGGCUGCUGCGUCUGGACCUGAGGGAGAACGAGAUCAAGACGGGGGGCCUCAUGGCCCUCUCCCUGGCCCUCAAAGUCAACACCUCCCUCCUACGCCUGGACCUGGACCGAGAGCCCAAGAAAGAGACUGUGAAGAGCUUCAUCGAUACGCAGCGUUCCCUGCUGGCUGAGAUCCAGAACGGCUGCAAGCGGAACUUCAUCCUAGCCAAGGAGAAGGAGGAGACCGAGCAGCAGAUGCAUUCGGCCUCCAUGGCCGAGAUCGCCACCGAGGACAGAACCGAAAAGGAGGAUGGAGCUGAUUCCGGCGAGCAUGUUGAAAAAGAUGGGAAAGACAGUGGAGGAGAGGAAGGAGUAAAAGACACUGAGAGCCUGACUGACAGCCAAUCGGCAGUGCGCUCUGAGGGAAUAGUGUUGCCUUUGCUGUUGGAGUCCGACUCGGACACAGACGACGAUGUGGAGGAAGAGGUGGUUCUCUCUAAAGCUCCCUCCGUCUCCCCUGUCCCCAAACACACUGGCCCUUCACUCCGGGCAGCGACAACCCAGCACCCCCUCAGUGCUUCACAGAUGCCAACCGCCCCCUCUACCCCACCAGCUACGGGGGCUUUCAUUUCAGGGAUCACCGUCACGGAGUCCACGGGCCCCCCCGGUACGCCCCCUUCGCCGGGCCGCUGUAUCUCUGUGUCGAGCCCCGGGAGGGGCCACAAGAUCUUCAUGGUGACCAGAGUAGAGAGCCCCUCUGACCAGCAGCAGGUUCUGGGGAAGAUUGGCAUGCACAACCCCAAGGCCUCAAAGGAGCCAGUGGUGUCACUAGUGAAGCAAACCACACAUCGACCACAGGCCCCUUCACAACCCUCACAGGAGGAGGUGAGAACAGAACAGACACAACCCCAGACCACGCCCACGCCGCUGACACAGGAGGUGACACAGAGCCUGACAGAACAGAUACAACCCCAGACCACACCACUGACACAGGAAGUGAGACAGAGCCUGACGGAACAGACACAACCCCAGACCACGCCCACGCCACUGACACAGGAGGUGACACAGAGCCUGACAGAACAGACACAACCCAGACCCACGCCACUGACACAGGAAGUGAGACAGAGCCUGACGGAAAACAGACACAACCCCAACCCGCCACGCCACUGCACACGAGACAGCAACCCAGAACCACGCCCCACGCCACUGACACAGGAAGUGAGACAGAGCCUGACAGAACAGACACAACCCCAGACCACGCCACUGACACAGGAGGUGACACAGAGCCUGACAGAACAGACACAACCCCAGACCACGCCCACGCCACUGACACAGGAAGUGAGACAGAGCCUGACGGAACAGACACAACCCCAGACCACGCCACUGACACAGGAGGUGAGACCGAGCCUGACAGAACAGACACAACCCCAAACCACGCCACUGACACGGGGGCUGGUCCAGAGUUUAGAUGAACCACAGACAAUAGAUCCUAAACAGACGGAGAAGAGUCCUGUUGCGCCAGAGGAACCUUCUUCUGAGGAGGCCGUAGUAGAGACUCCUAAUGACCCGUCUGAGACGCUAGAACCACCAUCCAACCUCCUAACCCAACCCACAGAGGAGGAAGUCGAGGGCGUUCUAGACAGUUCGCAACCUGUACUGGCAGAGCAGAGCCCAGGAACAGCAGCCCAGCCAUCACACACACUGUCCCUUCCUACAGAAGAUGUAGCCACUCAAUCACUAGCAUCACCCCAACAGACAGAGCAGAUGGUAGAGACAGCUACAGAGCCCCGGCUAGAACAGUCUGCUGUUGAACAGCAGUCCACUGAAGCUGCGCUGGAAGGAGAGGUGGUGGUGGGAGAAAAGGAGGAGAGUCAGGACCCAGUAGAAGAGACAUUUCGUGAACAGGCAGAGUCUCAAACCAACACAGAGGAAGAUGAGAUGCAGUCAGAACGGCUUCCACAGCAGGAACAGAGUCCGGAACAGGCUAGUGACACAGUUCAGCAACCGUUAGCGCCGCAACCGUUAGCGCCUCAGCUAGCGAUGCAGUCUAACACUAAGCCCCUGGGGGAUCUCCUUCUAACAGCACCACUCCAGUCACAGCCUGAAACAGUGCAGCCAGACUCUGAGCUUCUGCCCCCAGAACCGGCAGAGACACUUCCACAGGCACACCGACAGGUGGUGCCAGAGAGUCCCUCUGAGCAGGGAGCCACGGAGAGUGUAGCAGAAGCAGAACAGGAACUAUAUCUGUCAGAGGAGGAGCAGCAGCAACUAGCACAACAGGCACUUCCUGUGCAGGUGGAACAGCAGCAACAACAACAUCCUGUUCUAGAGCAACUACAGCAGCAGCCUCUCCAACCAGAGGGGCAAUCACAGACCACCCUUCCCGCCGAGCCCUCACCUGUUCCAGCCGAGACAGACACUGCUCUGGAGGUGGAGGGCUGUAGCUCCCCUCCCAAGGCAGAGGAGUCCCCAGACGAGAGCUCCACAGACGAGGGGGAGAGCGUGGAGGAGGUGGUGGGCUCGGCCCUCCCCAACGGGCUGAAGCCAGAGUUCGUCCUUCACCUGCUGGACCCCGAAGGCCCCAAGCCUGGGCCUGGUAGCUGUGUGAUGGAGCACGUGAGUGUGACAGCAGAACUGAGCUGUGGUCAGGACCUGGAGGAGUUGUUGCUGGAGGCCAGCCUGGAGACUGGGAGAGACGCACCAUAGCCGUGUCAUGUGGUUUUGUUGGAGAGAGGAACACAGGAACUCGUAUCGUCUGUGUCUCGGUGACUCGUUGCUCCUACAAUUUUUUCCCGUUGUCAUAAUCCCACAACUCACCACCGCCACCUCUAUGACAACAGAGGACCAGUUGUCAUCUAAGUAAUACACCUAAUAAAUAAAAAAAUAAGACACAAAACAAUAAUCAUUGAGCUUCAUCACAGCACGUAAGGAAUUAACUACGUUUUCAACCGAAACGCACACACGUUAUAUUUUAAAGAAAGUAAUAAAAAAAAAAAGAAGGCAAAAGGUUAGUGUGAUUUUCUUCCUAUCACUACAUUCCGUCAAUCAGGAAACCACAUUCAUGCAGGGAGCGGGGGGUGAGAAAGAAGUAGAGGGAAGGAGGGGCUUAAUCACUGCUCUAACCCAAGACACAGGACACACUGCUCACCCCCUGCUCCACCCCGACCCUCUGUUCUUGAUCGUGUGGUGAGCGUGCACACUGACACAAAACCUUACUAUUGCCCUCUGCUGGAGGAAAGAGAAGGUGCACAGCUGUGUGACAGUGUGGGACCCAGCCAAGAGGACCCACUGGCUUUUUAGUGUGUCAUUCUCUGACAAUGACAGUUGGGCACAGAGGGUUUUAUAACCAAGGAAGGCGUGACAGGAGAAGGCAUUUGUUUUGUGCGUAUUUGUCCCCCCCCACACCUCGUAAGGGGAUCUCUGCCAAAGUGACUCUGCUUUCUUUUGUGUUCCUUCCGUUCGCUUUGGCCCCCCCCUCAGGAAUCGUCCCCGCCAGUCUCUCUCCAGCAACGCUCUGGAACACCCAAACCAUCUGUCAUCUGCCAAAAACACACCGUCUCAGUCCAAAAUGUAUUUUUGGAUGAGAUGGCGGAGUUACUUUCAUCUAAAGCCUUCUGGAAACCUCUGUAAAUGUUGGAUAACAAAAUGUCUGCCUUGAUGGAGUAAUGCCGUUCAUUACAGAGUAAGUCUACCCUUUUUUUCCUCCACCGGACAGUCAUCAGACAUUCUUUUCCAGAUGGAUUUUCAUGUUUGUCCGACCAGAGUGAUUAAAUGUAGUGUGACACUCGAUAGGAGUAACAAGAAAAAGUAGUUCCGACUUUGUCUGUCGUGUCCUCCCCUCUUUCUUUCAGUCUUCUGCCGGUACAACACUGUGCCAUCUCAUUUCCCAGCUCAACGCAGGAUUAAUGUUGCCUUCGACUCGACUAGGUUUAAAUUUCAUCUCCUUUUGUUUUGCUGCUUGGAGAAAUCAGUCGUUUAUUUAUUUUAUAUGAGCCUUUUACUCUGUGUGAUUUAUUGUUCUCUCCCUCUUUAUUAGUUAUUUUCCAUGAGGUUUGCUUUUAAAGAUUUCCCCCCUUUGGUGUAUAUUUCAGUUUCAAAUUAGAGCAAUUAUUAUGUGUUUUUUUUUUUGGGGGGGGGGGGUCUGAUGUAAAUGAGACUGCUGGGUGGAGGGAUCAACGGUUAUGGCAAUAGGGAGGGAGUGCAGUUAUGAAAAUAAACGAAAAGGACGUUUUCCUAAGGAGGGGCAGUGUGAAUGGUGGUUGACAUCACUGAUAACACACUGACUGAGAGACUAUCCCUGUUUUGAGACUUCACAUCUUUAACACUACUGUGCUAGGUUAAGCUAUGGCCACCUGGGGGCGCUGGGGCUGCUGGUGUUUUCCUUUCUAGAUAUACUGUAUUACCCAACAGCAGCUACUGCUUAAGACUCUUGUAGGCCAGGAGGACAUUGAUUUGAACACAAACAUGUGGGUGAAAGUUUGAGUGAACUUCCCAACAACACUGAGGACAUGUGAGCCUGAACGCCCAACGCUGGGAACCUAUGGGCCAGCUACCAAGGGCCCUAUUCAACUGGUAUCCAAAAGGUGCUUUCUUACAGUGCAAGAAGAAUACAGGUUUGUCACAACCGCGGGAUCCUCUGGAUAUAGGUUUUGGUUGAAUAGAGCCCCUUGUUUCAAUCCGUCUGUUCUAUUUCCCCUGGUCAACCAGGUUGUUUUUCAACCCAAAUCGUCAUUGCUGUGCUGCCCUCACUAUUUGUAAUGCUUACAUUUUUUUGGGUCAUUUUUAAUUAUUUGUUAAAUUAAUUGAAAUGUGCUGGUAAUCACAAAGAUAUGUAUGGCAACUCUUUUUGUUCCUCUCUCUCUCAAAUAAAUGCAUGUAAUGACUAAUGAA